CAUUAAAAACGUCACACAUAAGUCUCUGUGGCUCCAUUUUUAGCUAGCCUUAAACUUUCGUUGUUCCACCUUUUAUCGUUAAAGGACAAAUUUGUCCGGUAGUCUUUCUUGUUGGACUGAAGCGACAAAUUUUUCAAGAUGGGGGGCGGCGAUCUGAACCUGAAAAAGAGCUGGCAUCCCCAGACUAUGAAAAACAUUGAGCGUGUUUGGAAAGCUGAGCAGAAAUAUGAAGCUGAACGCAAGAAGAUCGAGGAGCUCCAAAAAGAGCUGAAAGAGGAACGAGCUCGAGAAGAAAUGACCAGAUAUGCAGAGGACACUGGUGCCAUCAAAAAGAAGGACGACCGCCUGGACUGGAUGUACCAGGGCCCUGCUGGUCAGGUGUCCAGAGAUGAGUAUCUGCUGGGACGUCCCAUCGACAAGCAGAUCACCGACCAAUACGAGGAGCCAGAGAGCGGCCCAUCGACCGAGACCGGCCUCCUGCCUGGGUCCAUCUUCAACCCUGCCACCCCUGCCUCCAGCCUUGACCUGGCUGCCAAGAUCAGGGAAGACCCACUCUUUGAAAUCAGGAAACGUGAGGAAGAAAAGAAGAGGGAAGUCUUGACUAAUCCAGUAAAGAUGAAGAAGAUCAAAGAAAUGCUACGCCAAAAUCUUGACAAGAAAGACAAAAAAAAGAAGAGGAAGAAGGAAAAAAGGGAGAAGAAAGGAGACAAAGAGAGGAGAAAGGAAAAGAAGCACAAGAGGAGGAGUUCGAGUUCGAGCUCAGGCGAGGAAGAUGAGAAAAAACACAGGUCACGUUCACAAGAUGACUCUUCAGCAGACACCAAGUCUCGUUCCCAUCAUCUUCCAGGCUACGGCCUACAGCUCCCUGCUGGCAGACAUCACCAGUCCUCAGCUCCCUCCAGUCACUCAGGGCGCCAUGAGAGGAGCCGCUCCCGAUCACCUCACAGGAACCACAGGGACAAUCGCUCUUCCUCGCACAGAAAUGACCGGAAGGUAGAACCCAGAGCUGCCAGCCCACAGAGAGAGCGUUACCACAGACAGAGGAACCACUGUGUCCAACUCUCUUCAGAAGACCUGGAGCGAAAGAGGCAGGAGAUGAUGAAUGAGGCCAAGCAGAGGGAGGAGGACAGGGAGAAUAAUGUGAAGAGAUACAAGAGGCAAGAUGAGCAGGAAAGGCAACGGGAACAAAAUGCCAAGCAUGACCGCCAUGCUGGCUUCAUCCAUAACAUGAAGUUGGAGAGUGCUUCCAGCUCAUCCUUAGAAGACAGGGUGAAGAGGAAUAUCCACUCUAUUCAAAGGACACCAGCCUCCUUGGACAACUUCAUGAAAAGAUGAAGACACAACACAUUUAAAACAGUGUAUCAGCUGACUGAAAACACUUGGCAAGAAGAUGCCAUCCACUCAUUUGUCUGUCCCUCAACUGUACUGAGACAGGAGGAUGGAUGAUGUGGUUUUAGCCUGUGAUGAGUUCCAAUGGGGAACUGAAACUGUCCUGACUUGUAUUUUGAAAGACAGAUUCCACAGUGAUGGUAUAAUUUAUAUUUCAGACAAAUGCAAACAGUCUAUUAUGAUUAUGAUUCCAUUAAGUCAGUACCCCUUUAAAGUUCAUGUGAUCUGAACUCUGUACAGUAUACUGUUUUUGUUUUCACACUGUAAUAGGACUGUUUUUUUUUUUUUUUUACUCAAGGUUUUUUGUAAUGUAUGUUUGUUACUUAGUGUACUCCUGUGAGUGGCAACUGGAAUAAAAACAUAUUUCCAGAGUC